AUGGAAUCGAAGCAUCUCAACGUUUUGGUCUCGACCUUUGGCGGCUUAGGCCUACCGUCGACCAUUAUAUUGCCAGCACAACCUUCGACGACGGUCACAGCCUUUCGCCACCACCUGACUGAACGCCUGCCUGAUACCGGUUCAAGACUCAUUCUCACCACCGUAUCAAACAAACAACUUCCUAAUGAAUCCGAAACGCCGCUCUCCUCAUAUCUCUCUACAGAAACCGACGACUUUCUUUCAUUACGUCUCGGUAUCCCAUUGUGUGGUGGCAAGGGCGGUUUUGGGUCUCAGUUGCGAGCGGCUGGCGGGCGCAUGUCAUCGCGAAAGAAGAAAACACAAGACGACAAUGGCUCUAGCCGCAACCUUGAUGGCCGACGACUCAGAACCGUCAACGAAGCCAAGGCUCUCGCCGAAUAUCUCGCUAUAAAGCCUGACAUGGACAAGAAAGAGAAGGAGAAGCGCCGCGCCCGCUGGGAAGAAAUUGUGCAGCAAACUGAGGCGAAAGAGGCAGAAAUCAAGAACGGAGGCAAGAGCAUGAUCGACGGUCAAUGGGCCGAAGACAAGGAGGAAAGCAGCGAGCGGACCAGAGACGCGGUUCUGGCAGCAAUAAAGGCCGGAAACUAUACCGACAAUCUCAGCAGCUCACAUGGCUCGAGCUCUGCAGCCCAGGGUGAAAACGCGUCCGACAGCGAUGCAGACGUCUCUACGAGCUCCAAGGAAUCACCGCCGCCGGUGCAAUCCGCGACGGCUGGCAAGGGAAAGGGCACUGCUCGAGUCUUUUUCGGGUUUGACGAGGACGAUGAUUUUUUGAGCUCGGAUGACGAAUCUGACAACGACACCACGGAGAAAUAA